GGAUCCUCUGGGAUCCUCCCUCACCCAGCUCUUCCAGCUGUGAGCAGGCUUUUCACACAACAAAUAUUUGGCCAGCAACACUUUCCCCCUCAUUUAAGGGAAUUUCUUCAACAAAUCUUUAUUUAGCAGCUAUCAUGUGCUAGGCAUUGGGGGAUGGAGCAGUGAACAGGGUCAAUAUGGAUGGCAAAGGAGAAGUUAAUCACGGACAGAACUGUGACAGGGGCCGAGUGGCCUCCACCCUCCGCUACUGCGUGUCGGUCAGCGGCACAGUGUUUCUGAUCGCCGGGACGCUCUGCUUCGCGUGGUGGAGUGAAGGGGAUAAGGGCGUUCAACCCAGCCAGCCGGCCCCACCCACUGGGGACCCUGCACCUGAGGCCCCCAGGUCCCUGCUCAGGUCCAUCAGCUUCAUCUGCUUUGGGGCAGGCAGCUUGCUGCUGCUCCUUGGCCUGCUGUGGUCCAUCAAGGCCAGUGCCUGGGGGUCACGCAGAAGUGACCCAUAUCACCUCUCCAGAGACCUGUACUACCUCACUGUGGAGCCGUUGGAGAAGGAGAGCUGCAGGACCCCAGAGCUGGUUGCCAUCCCCACUUAUGAGGAGGCCGUGCACUGCCCACUGGUUGAGGGCCCCCUGGCACCACCUGCGUACCCCACGGAGGAAGACCUGCCGUGCAGCGCCUCCGGGGCUGCCCUGCUUGGGGGCCAGCCCGCCUCGCCUCCGCCCAGCUACGAGAGCGUCAUCCCUGCUGCCGCUGUCUUCCCUGGAGAGACAGUACCAGCUGGUUCAGACCACAGUGGGAGGAAGGGAAAGGCCCCUCGCAGGCCCUGAGUCCAGAGACAAUGCAUGAGCUGCUUCUGGUGUCUGGCAUGGUGCCCGGCUCACAGCAGGCGCUCCAUGGACGCUUGCCUCUCAGUGCUGCUUUAUUCGUCUGUUGCUGUGUAACAAGAGGCUUAAAGUAAAUCCAUUUCAUUAUCUCUCCCGAC